CAUGAGGCUGCUGCCGCGGCUGCUGCUGCUGCUCCUGCUCGCCUUGCCCGGCGUCCUCGUGCCCCGGGGCCGGCCCGCGGGGCCCCUGGUGGCCGCCCAGGACCUGACGGAGGACGAAGAGACGGCCGAAGACUCGGUCGUCGAGGACGAAGAGGAGGAGGCCGAGGUGGAAGAGGACGAGCCCACGGACCUGGUAGAAGAUAAAGAGGAAGAAGAUGUAUCUGGUGAACCUGCAGCCUCGCCAAGUGCUGACACGACCAUCCUCUUCGUGAAAGGAGAAGACUUCCCAGCCAACAAUAUCGUGAAGUUCCUGGUGGGCUUUACCAACAAGGGCACGGAGGACUUCGUUGUAGACUCUUUGGACGCCUCCUUCCGCUACCCUCUCGACUACCACUUCUACAUCCAGAACUUCACGGCGCUCCCUCUCCACACUGUGGUGCCACCCCGCAGACAGGCCACCUUCGAGUACUCCUUCAUCCCCGCCGAGCCCAUGGGCGGCCGGCCCUUUGGGCUGGUCAUCAACCUUAACUACAAGGAUCUGAGUGGCAACGUAUUUCAAGACGCUGUCUUCAAUCAGACAGUCACAAUCAUCGAGAGAGAAGAUGGGCUCGAUGGAGAGACGAUCUUCAUGUACAUGUUCCUGGCUGGUCUCGGUCUCCUGGUGGUGGUUGGUCUCCAUCAACUCCUGGAAUCUCGGAAGCGUAAGAGACCCCCGCAGAAAGUAGAGAUGGGCACUGCCAGCCAGAACGACGUGGACCUGAGCUGGAUCCCACAGGAGACUCUGAAUCAGAUCAACAAAGCUUCGCCUCGCAGGGUCCCCAGGAAGCGGGCCCAGAAGAGAUCGGCAGGAUCUGAUGAGUAAAUGGCUUGUGCAGCAAUGCAGUGUGUGCCUGCGGGGAUGCACGCGAGAGCCGCCGCCUAGUGUGGCCUGCUCAGGCCUGGUUCCUGGUCUGGGCCUAACACCGCUGACAUUUGCUGCGGCCAUUUUUCUAAAGUAACACAAUGGUUUUUUAAAACCAUUAAAA